AUGGAGCGAGCAAUGUUGGGCCUGACACUAAUGGAUGAAGUAAGAAGCAGACGAAUCAGGGCACGCACUAAGUUGAAGGACGUGGUGGGAGUUGAAAUGACAUUGAAAUGGAAGAUGGCGGCAAAAAUUGCUAGAGCUGGAACUGAACGGCUGGACUGCAAGAUUUUAAAGUGGAAGACGAAGAGAAAAAGAAAGAUUAGGAAACCUAGAAUGAGAUGGGACGAUGAGUUCGUUCAAAUUUGUGGAAGAGACCGGCUGAAUGGGUGCGGAAACGGAACUGGAUGGAACACUGCUUUGGUUACCUUCAUUGGCAAAUAG